CCCAGCCAGGACUGUCUCCGCAGAGCCCCGCCGGGACCAGGUGUCCCGGGCUCGCCAAGAUGCAGCCGGGGCUCUGGCUCCUCCUGGCCGCGCAGCUGGCAGAUGUCAGUGACCCCAAAACACUGAAGACGCUCUACUCUGCUGAAAAGGCAGUAUGGUGUUUGGGGAGAAAAGAGAAGUGCCAGCAGGCACUUGGGCCCCAGCUCUCCAUGGCAGCUUGGUACUCCAGCAGACUCCUGAGUCUGAAAUGGUUCAGACCAACAAAAUGGUGGUAAUGUCCUGUGAAGCCAAAACCUCCCCCAGCAGCACGCGCAUCUACUGGCUGAGGCAGCGCCAGGCUCCGAGCCCAGACAGUUGCUACGAGUACCUGGCCUUCUGGGAUCCCACCAAAGGGGCUGUGUAUAGCCAGGAAGUGGAGCAAAAGAAGCUAAUCGUGUUUCCGGACAGAACCCGGUCCAUUCUCAACCUCACAAGUGUGAAGCCUGAAGACAGCGGCGUCUACUUCUGCAUGACCAUUGGGUCCCCCCAGCUGACCUUCGGGAGGGGAACUCGGCUGAGUGUGGUUGAUGUCCUUCCCACCACUGCUCAGCCCACCAAGAAGCCCACCUCCAAGAAGAAAAUGUGCCGGCCCUCAAGCCUGGAGACUCAGAAGGGCCCAGCCUGCAGCCUCCUCGCCCUCGGCCUGCUGGUGGCUGGAGUCCUUGUUCUGCUGGUGUCCUUGGGUGUGGCCAUCCACCUACAAUGCCUGCAGAGGAGAGCCCGGCUUCGCCUCCUGAAACAGUUUUAUAAAUGAGCAGAAAAUAUGCUUUUGGUGUCCUGCUACAAAAAGACGUUGGUCAGUAAUGAGUGAUCUCUGGAAAAAUGAGAGAGAAGGGACACGCUCAACUCACUCAACUGUGGAAAUUUCACUGACCUGCUGAAGUUGCCUGCUUUUAACUACUGCAAGUUCUUUCUGUGGGCCUCGCGUGUGGGAGCAACUUGUGAGUUGGUCAUCAGGAAUCACAGAGAGAAGUCUUCAGAGCCCCGGACAUUCCUGCAACUUCCCGCAAAUGAGUAAGAAAUGCUGCCAUGACACCACUCCCAGCUCCUGUACCCACCCUGGGCUGGGCUGGGACCCUUGGGUCAGGCCACCUACUCGCAGGUUGCUUUGCCCUGGUAGGGCAGCGACACGGGGUCCCGAGUCUCUCAUGGGAUGGUGCUCGGGUGGCUCUUCCUUGCCCAGGCGGCGGUGACUGUCCUCACUGAGAGCCCCAGAGACAAGAUCAUGCUCAGAAAGGUGCUUUCUGUGAAGGGCUGAUCUGAUGCCCAAAAUCACUUUCAGUCUCCAAGGAAAGCUAGAGUUUGGGGCCAGAACUUGUGGUUUGGGACCCAGAGGUCACUUAAUCUCCUAUUAGGAAGUUCCUCGGUUUUCACUUCUGCCCUCUCAUGGCUUGUAUAUUUCUUCUCUCACUUUCUGUUCCUUUUAUGAAAAUGUCUUGGUUGUAAAAAUAAAAUCCUGAAUAAAAGAUG